AUGCGCCGCAGAAUCACCUUCGUCCAACGCCCCGAUUCCCCAUUCGAUCUCGACCAGGCCGUGUUAUCUCGAGAUGCGCUUUCCGUGAGCCAGGUGCUCGCUGCUCGUGAGGAGAGGGUCAUGCUGGGAGUUGAUGAAGUCGAGGAGGAGAAGAUUCGUCAUGUGUUGGAACAAUCGCAUCAGUUACAUAUUCGGUGGGCUAGCGAGGAGGUCUUCGAUGCUGUGACGCCGUUCUCGAGUCGUGUAGCACCCGGACUACAUGUUUUGUGGACGCCGAGGGAGGGAGAAGGGGAGACACACUCGUUAUGUGCACUGCUAAAAGAGGUGUUUGAUGAUGGAUUGAAGUGUUCGAGUCCUGAGACCUCAUUUGUCACCCCCCCGGUGCUCUCGACGCGGUUCGCAGCUACCGCCGCAUACCAAUACCACGCGUUGCUUCCCUCGCUCGGCAAUCUCGUCUCUUAUAUUCAGAAGAACCUCUGUGCCGGGUCAGGCUCCUCCUCCGAAUGUCACCGGCAGGCGGCGUCGUUGGCCUCCGCGGACUCGCUCGAUAUCAACUACGACAGUAUCUCCCACGCGCUGACGUUAACGGGAUACUGGUCUCGUUCUCCGGACGGGGGAUGGACGGAACAGAUCCGGAAACCGGCUGCCGGGGCCGGUCAGCUCGAAGUUGGGCUCCUGGGCACCGAUAAGGCCGUUGAGCCGGAGGAGAUCAAGAUGGGUGGGUUGCUGGGAGUUGUGGGAUCGGAUGAUAAAUUGAAACCCACCCUGUUCUCAUUCCCCUCGCGUCACCAUUCACUCCCCAACGAGGCGACAUACUCCGUCUCGUUUCCCGCCCCUACAGGCUUACAUCCUACGAUGACCAUCUCCAUUCCUCGCUCGGGCUUAGAACCCCCACCGGCGCCGGCAGACGCGACCUGCGCGCUUCACACAUAUCUGACGCUACCGUCGACGAUCUUCGGCGAUAAGUACCAACUCGCCACCACAGACCCGCUCUUCCUGAACUCCCAUCACCUCAAAGCCCUCCGCGCCGUGGCGGGCGAAACAGACCUCGAAGCCCCGGACUGGUUCGUUCCGCGCUGGGGCUCGAACUGGUUACUCGAGCUAGCCACCCCGGAGCAAGCAGAUCAAGACCCAAGCCAAGAUCAACAAGGGGACUGGAACGUAACCAUCCCACUCCAUCUGCGAUACCAGCGUCCAUCUGAAACCGGAUACCGACCGGCUUCAGUGCCCUGGCCCGUCGUCUUCUGGGCCUGUACCACGGAAGAAGGUACCAAGAUGGGAACGAACCCAUUCGAUCGCGUGAAUCUGGGCUGGGAGGGCUUGUUUGGUCCCAGGACGAUGUUCUAUCAGCUCGCGCCUCGUCCUAGGGGCAGCCAUCAGGAGAAUCAUAGACAGCGACUCGUCGAGGACUUGGAUGUUCCGGUUCUGCAAUUGAAGGAGGACGGGUUCUUUCAGGGUAGGACUAUUGAGUUGGGCACUGUUGUUGUCAUCACGUUGGGUUUGCUGUGGGUACUUUGGAAGUUGGGGCUGGUUGUUCGCUCUUCUUCUGGACAGAGGGGGGCUACCAGGACUGAUCAGCAGAAGAAGGCUCAGUGA